AAGACACCAAAAAGCCCGGGCGAGCACACGCAUUGAGGACAGAAUGAGGACAGAUGGGGAGCUGAAGGCGAUCAGUUGUCUUCUCUAAUGUGGAGGAGAUUGCUGCUGAGGGCCACCACCUGUCUCUCUCAGGUGGGAGCCCCCAGGUUUCCCUCCCAGAGUCAUCUGUCCUCCCUUUCUGUGGGCCUCUUGACUCAGGCACCUCCUCACAGACCUGCCGGGGUUUUGUGUGGCCCCUUCUUGGCGCACAGAGGGGCCAGGGCGUACAAAAAAGAUGCCAAAUCCACAGUGGACUUCCCCGUGAGUCCCAUCACCGUCACCGACAUCAAGCAGUUUUUGCGUUCCAAAGACGUUCCCUUCCACGAUGGCUUCAGUUGUCUCCAUGCUCCCAGCAUCUUCAUGGACGCGGCCUCCAGGGGGGAGCGCUUUCCCUUGUUCAUCGACAAGACGACCGGGCAGUUUCUGUGCAUGGACACUCAGGUGGAGGGCAGCUGGGAGGACCUCCAGGACUGCCUGGAGGUGAUGCAGAAGGAGGAGCAGGACUUCCUCAGCCCGCAAGUGCUGCUGGGAUACCCGGAGAGUGUGGAGGAGCAGGAGCAGCGCGAAUGGGAGCUGAGGGAGGUCCAGAGUAUCUGGUCCAGCUCUGUGGUGUUCUCGGACCUGACUGAGGACGAGGCUCAGCUGAUCAAAGCCAUGUUUCAGAUCACCAAGGUCUCCAAUGCAACGCUGAAGAAGUUCAGCGUGAGGCUCUUCAAGCCCACCAAGAGUCUAGUUUUCCCCUGGUUUGGUGGACCCGACUCCUCCUUGAAGGGGGUGAAGCUGCUCUCCGCACAAAGCUCAGACGGCGACAAAGUGAGUUACAACGAAGCGAUGGUUCCAAAGUGCAGCUCCUACAACAACCUCUUUGGCCUCCCGCUGGUGAGCCGCAUGGACUCUGACGUGGUUCUGACCGGACACGAGCUGGACACGCUGGCUGUGAGCCAAGCCACAGGCCUCGCCAGCGUGGCUCUCCCGCGCGGUGUCAGCUGCCUUCCGCCCGUCCUGCUGCCCUACCUGGAGCAGUUCAAGCGCGUGACGCUGUGGCUGGGCGGCGACAUCCGCUCUUGGGAGGCGUCCAAAAUCUUCUCACGCAAGCUGGGCCUGAGGCGCUGCUCGCUGGUGCGACCGGGAGAGUUCCGCCCUUGCCCCAGCGAAGCGCUGGCCCAGGGCAAGAACUUGGGCCACAUCAUCAAGGCCUCCAUCCCAGCGGCGCACAAGUCCAUCGUGUCCUUCAAGCAGCUUCGAGAGGACGUGUACGGAGAGCUGGUCAACACGGAGCAGGUGGCCGGUGUCAAGUGGGCCCGCUUUCCCGACCUCAACAGGAUCCUGAAGGGUCACCGCAAGGGGGAGCUGACUGUCUUCACAGGUCCGACCGGGAGCGGGAAGACCACCUUCAUCAGCGAGCUGGCUCUGGACCUGUGCAUGCAGGGCGUCAACACGCUGUGGGGCAGCUUCGAGAUCAACAACGUUCGCCUGGCCAAGAUCAUGCUGACCCAGUUUGCCCUGCAGCGGCUGGAGGAGAACCUGGAGCAGUACGACUUCUGGGCGGACAAGUUCGAGGAGCUGCCGCUCUACUUCAUGACCUUCCACGGGCAGCAGAACAUCAAGACCGUGCUGGACACCAUGCAGCACGCCGUCUACCUCUACGACAUCAACCACGUGGUCAUCGACAACCUGCAGUUCAUGAUGGGACAGGAGAACCUCUCCCUUGACAAGUUUGCCGUCCAGGACCACAUCAUCUCCGCGUUCAGGAAGUUUGCCACCAACUCCAGCUGCCACGUCACGCUCAUCAUCCACCCCAGGAAGGAGGAGGACGACCGCGAGCUGCAGACGGCGUCCAUAUUUGGCUCGGCAAAGGCCAGCCAAGAGGCGGACAACGUCCUCAUACUGCAGGAGAAGAAGCUGGUCACCUGUCCCGGCCGCCGCUCCCUGCAGGUGACUAAGAACCGCUUUGACGGCGACGUGGGAAUCUUCCCGCUGGAUUUCCUCAAGUCCUCUCUCACUUUCUCGGCGCCCGUCAAGGGCAAACACAAGCUGAGGAAGGUCGCCAUCAAGCCAGAGAGCGAGGAGGAGCAGGGCAGCGAGGCGCCGCCGAAGAAGGACGGCGUCAAACGGGAGAAGGCGGGGAAAUCUGCCAAAAAGUCAGCACGACCUGCUAAGAAUCCCACUGGGGAAAAUGAAGCGAAUUUGUGAUUGGUGCACACGUUGUCCACUGUAAGCUGACCAUGCCCGAACUGUCAUUCAUCAUGUUUUUUUGUUUUUUUUAACACUGUUGUUCAUCAAUUUCAACAUUCACUACUGACUUGAUGAUGGUGUCAUGCUGUCUGCUUUACUUGUGAUCUCCUGAAACAUUUUCUACGCUUUUUAAUAAACUGUUUGCCUGUGA